AUGACGAGAAUUCUGAGUGUCGGCGCUGCGGCGUUGGCUGCCAGCAGCGUCAUCGGCUCAGCCAGCGCCGCCUCUUUAUAUGCCUUCUAUACGGGUACGGAUGCGGGCGUUCAGAUUGGCAUGCAGGAUCCCAAGAGUGGUGAUAUCUGGGUCAAUGACUGCGCAAAAAUGAAUAAUGGAAACCCGCUGUUUCCGACGGAGACACCCCUUGUGCUGCCGGUUUCGACGCCGGUGAAGAUGGGAGGAGGUAUAGCAGCAACGGGCUGGUGGGAUUCACAGAAAGUAAUUACAUCCGUCUUCUGGCACUCAGUAAACGGCACCAUCGUCAACGCCAUCUACAACUGCGACAACGAGUCAGGUACAUUCGUCCGCCAAGGCCCCGAAUAUGUCAUCUCCGAAACCGCAAACGUCAAGAACUCGUCCAUCCACGAAAACACGGGUCUGGCCGUCGAGCUCCUGGGCAGCACCGCCGGCUACCGCGUCUUUUACCACGACAACAACAGCCAGGUCCAGGAGCUGUUCUACACUACAAAGACCAACUGGAACUACGGCGGCAUCGUGUCGCAGGACCCGGUCUCGUCGUUUGCGCUGGGCACGGGCCAUUCGUCGACGGACAACAUCACCGUCGUGUUCCCCAAGAGCGACAAGGACAUUGAGGUUUCGCGCUUCAACUCGGACAAGAGCUGGCACAUCUCUACUUUCCCUGAUACCCUCGAAAACUCCCCCACCAACAAAACAGACACCUCCAAGAUCGCAGUCGACUCCAGUGUCGAGGCCAACUUCUCCCUCCCGGCCUGGAACGGCGCCCCCGGCGGCAUGGGCGUGGCCAUCGACAGCACCUUUACCCGUAGCGUCUUCUACAUCGGAACCGACAGGCUGCUGCACGAGGCCGCCAACAUCAACUUUGCGUGGAAGCUGUUCCCCAACCAGUCCAGCGAGGCCUGGCCCGAGGCCGAUGAGCCAAACGCCACCAUGGCCGCGACGUUCAACUUCCAGACCAGUGAGGCCUGGAUCUACUACGUCUCCGGCGGCAGCCUGGUCCAGGCAUACCGCGGAACCAGCGGCGACUGGAGCAACGCCGCCGUCAUCUCCGUCAACUCGGUCGACGACGAAACCGCCAGCAACGCCACCGGCAAGAAGUCCACGGGCCUGUCCAACGGAGCAAAGGCCGGCGUCGGUGUCGGUGUCAGCCUCGGAGUCAUUGCCAUUGCCGGCCUUGCCUUCUUCUUCUUCUUCCACCGACGACGCCGCCAACAAGCUGCCGCUGCUGCUGCCGCCGCCAACAAGGAGCAGCCCAUCAACCUGGGCGAAUAUCAAACGCCUCCCGACCAGGCUCACUACAUGGCCGACGGCUCCAUGGCGCCUCCUUACUCGCCUCAGAGGCCAUACGACGCCCACGAUCCCGCCAAGAUGGCCCAGAUGACGCCGGUGCACAUGUUGGCGACGCCGCCUCCGCCGGUCGAGCUGGAGCAGCCGCCGAUGAUUCACGAGCUGCCCCCGGAAAACUACAGCUAUGAGCUUCCCGCGGAGAGUGUGGAGCACAGGUGA